AUGGGCGGUCUAGGCAGUGGCGGCGACAGAGGCGUCAGUAACGUGAACACGGGUGUUUCGGCAUCUUCGAGAAAGGUGGUUCAGAGUUUGAAAGAGAUCGUGAACUGCUCUGACUUAGAGAUCUAUGUGAUGCUUGUUGAGUGCGAUAUGGAUCCUGACGAAACAGUUAAUCGUCUGCUUUCUCAAGAUACUUUUCACGAGGUGAAGAGCAAACGAGACAAGAAGAAAAAGACCAAAAAUCCAGCAGAAUCCUGGACACGUAGCACCCCAAAUUGUAGAGCUAGAAGCAGCGGUAAUGACAGCUACAACACCGCUCGAGGUGGCGGAAACAGAUAUAACUCGAAUGAGUCGGGAAGUGUUCAAGGAGUACCUGCAAACAGAAGAGAAAACAGAACACACAAUCAUUGGGCUGUCUCUUCUUCUUCUUCAUCUGGUGUCCUCGGGCGCCAACCUCUAUCGAACAGUGAUCCUACAAACGUUGAAGUUAAGAAAGCACCAACAGGUUCGAGUGAUGAAAUUACCUCGUCUUCGCUGCCAUCUCCUGCAUAUCAAUCCGCUUGGGCCAAUGCCAACCUUGGACAGAGAACCAUGGCUAAUAUUGUGAAAAUGGGUAGGCCUCUCUACCAGAAGAACGUCACUGCGUCUCGUUCAUUAGAGAUUCAAGAGAGUGGAAGUAAAGCUCCUUUAAAGGAUGAAUGGCCUUCAAUUGAGAAGCAAGAUCCAUUAUCAUCUCUUGUGAAGCCAUCUGCUGAAUCUAGUUUAUCCACCAACCAAUUCAGCGAGUCUCAACAUCUGAACAAGACUCAUUUGGAUGACGAAAAUCCUAUUGCUUAUCCUCCUAAUGCGGAGCAGGUUCUUCCGCCUGCUUCAGUAUCCAGCAGAAACUUGGUUGAUGGUGAUUCUAGAGAGUCCUCGGUAUAUGACGACGAAAGCAACAACGCGGAGCGACAUGCUUUUGAGGAAAAUGGAGCGGAAGAUGUUUCUGCAUCUGUUGCUACCGGUUUUCAGCAACUUACUAUAGACAAUGAUGAAGAGCAUGAAACAUUACCGAAAGAUGACAAACCUGCAGUGAUAAUCUCCAAUCACCUGCAAGUCAAUACCUCAGAAUGCUCGCACCUAAUGUUUGGUAGUUUUAGCUCCCGGAUAGGAUCUGGCCAAGCUAGUGGCUUGAAUGAAACCUUGGAGGAAACACAAGAUGAGUCAUCAUUCAGACACCCCGACACUGAUUACUAUGGAGAGGAAGAGGGACAACAACUCAGGAAUGUUACUACUGAAAAUGAACAAACAUCCUAUCAAAUUGAUUCAACGGCCCGGAAUUACCAUGUUUCCUCUGAUUCUGAGACAGAAGCGGCGCAACAAGAACCUCAUCAAGAAGAUCAUCAGUACAAGUUUUCAUCUCCUGCAGAUUAUGGAUUUGAAAACAGGAAACAAUUGAAUCCUCUAUCUGAAACAAAUCCUCAGAUGCAGAAUUUGGAUGCCUUUCCCAAUGUAAUGCAGCAAGGAUAUACAAGUUCAUUACCUAACAAUCUGCUACCAUCAGGCAUUCAAGAUACAAGAGAACUUGAUAUUCACUACUCGCCUUUCCAAACAAAAUACAACACUGCCACUCUCUCUUCACCCAGCGGUCCAGCAAUAUCCAUGGCCGAGGCACUAAGAGCCGCGAGUAUGUCUAGUCAAAACGCAAUGCCCGGUGCAGGACAACAAGCAGCAGCACUUGCUCAACACCUUGCCUUAAACCCAUACGUUCAUCAGCCUAGGAUGCCUGUAGGUCAUUAUGGUAACUUGAUAAGCUACCCAUUCAUGCCACAAAGUUACAACCCUUACAUGCCUUUGGCUUUUCAACAAGCGUUUCCCACUAGUAACCAUCAGACUCUAGCUGCAAUGCAUCUGCAGUACAAGAAUCAGGCAACCGCUCCUCCUGUUCUGCCUCCUUCUGCCUAUGGGUUUGGCAGUGGCGCUCCAUCGAGUAACAACUUUCCUUUGGCUCCUACUACCUCUGCAAACUCUUACGAAGAUGUCUUGAGCUAACAUUUUAUGGACAGGAAUCAUUUGGCGUUAUCACUUCAGCAGCAGGUAAAACA